AUGUGGAAAUUUUUGUUUAUGGAAAGAGUUUCCCACGGGGUUCAAAGGACAUCUGCUGUUCAAAAUACUGCAGAAUACCAGAAUAGCAUAAACACCACCACCGCGCCGUCACCGCUACCACACUACAACGAUGUUUUUGCCCGAGUUGAGUUCACAAAUACUAUUAUUGUAAAGGUACCUACUGUGUAUGGUAGUGAAUACGGUGUGGUUAUCCAAAAGGUGGACAGCCCUACAUAUUGUUUAGCCUCAUGCCUCAGCCAGUUACACCUGACAGCUAAGUGUUAUAAUAGUGAACAUAUGCAUUUUCAACAAUCAAACAAUUAA